AUGCAUCUCGAGCAUGUGACGGCAGCAGGGCAGCGACUGGACGAGAGAUACGUUCCGUACUUACAGAUGGCGGGAUUAUACCAUCUUGCGAGGCUGAAUGAGAGAUGGUUCAGAUUGGAUGAACCCCUUGUGAGUGCUUUCGUCGAGCGGUGGCGUCCGGAGACGCACACAUUUCACAUGCUGUUCGGGGAGUGCACGAUCACACUGCAGGACAUGGCAUACCAGUUGGGGUUGUCGGUCGACGGACGUUAUGUCAGUGGUUGCUUGACGGAUUUCCAGACAUACAUCCAGGGUGGCCGUCCAGCUUGGGUGUGGUUCCAGGAGUUGCUUGGUGUGUUACCUCCUGCGAACCAAAUCCAAAAGUUUGCAGUGAACUGCAGCUGGUUCCAGGAGACGUUUGGAGAGUGCCCUGAGGGAGCCGACGAGGAGACAAUCAUGCGCUAUGCUCGGGCGUAUAUCAUGAUGCUGUUACGCACUCAGCUCUUUGCCGACAAGUUUGGCAACCGUAUUCACAUUAGGUGGCUACCCUACGUGGCUAGGCUUGAGGAUAUGGGUGGCUACAGCUGGGGGUCGGCAGCUCUCGCGUGGUUGUACCGGUGCAUGUGCCGAGUGGCCAACAGAUAUGUGGUGAAGCUAGCCGGUCCGUUACAGCUACUUCAGUUUUGGAUCUUCUGGCGCUUUCCUGGGUUUAGACCUGCUAGGUAUGACACGUUCAGCUGGCCCUUGGCCUCGAGGUGGUCAGGUCACAAUCCUUCUGCUAGCGAGAAGGGACUACGAGUGCAGAUAUGGAGACUGAGGAUAGACCUUUUACGGGCUGGGGAUGUAAGUAUACGAAUCACGUUUUUUUAA